AUGGAGCAUGAGACCAUGAGUGAAUACACCAGCUUGGUCAACCCAGCUGUCUUCCUGCACCUGACUGUGGUACUUCUGGCCAUCGGCAGCUUCUUCACCGCCUGGUUCUUCAUUUAUGAGGUCACCUCCACCAAGUACACACGUGAUAUUUACAAAGAGCUUCUCGUCUCCUUGGUGGCUUUGCUCUUCAUGGGCUUUGGAGUCCUCUCCCUCCUGCUCUGGGUUGGCAUCUAUGUAUGAGUUCCCUAUGGUACCCA